UAUAUAAGAGCUCACUUUCUCUUCAGAUUCUUCAACUCUUCCGUGCUGAGGUGCUCCGUAUUUUAGAUCUUUUGUGUGCUAUAUUUACAAUGAAGACAAUUUCACUUGCGUGCUUUGUGGUGUAUUUGCUUGCUGUAUGCAAUGCUGCUCCCCUACCUCGUGCGAAACGUCAGAUCGUUAUCUCACCAUUUUCGCCUAAUUUGUUAAAGCCCUAUGAGUUUGGUUACCAAUCUGUUGAUGAAGUAGGUACAAAUCAACAUCGCCAAGAGACUUCAGACGGUAACUCCGUUAAAGGAUCUUACGGUUAUUUAGACCCUCUUGGAGUGUACAGAACUGUACGAUACACGGCCGAUGCCGAUGGUUACAGAGCUGUUAUCAAUACUAACGAACCUGGAAUGGGAGCUGGAAAUUCAGCAAACGCAGUGUACAUUGUUCAACCUCCUCCACCAGCUGCUCUUCUUUGGCAAGAUUCUAGAAACACGCCAGCUAAAAAAUGAACUGCUAACUAAGCAAAAUGUUAGAUUCUUAGGAAUGUUUAAGGAAGGUAUUUGAUAUGCAUGUUAAAGCAAAUCCAUUAUCUCUGCUGUAAAUAUACUAGAAGUGAGCAAACUUUUGUUAUCAGAUAUCUGUAAUCCAACUACAAAAUUCAUUCUAAAGGUCUAAGUUUUAUAUUACUUGAAUGGUAGAUUUAUGGCACUAUAUUUAUUUGUAAAUAUUCGGCAAACGCUCAGUUUGAAUGAAGUAGUAAAAUAUCUAAUAUAUUGCUAAUAAACAAAAUUUGCUUGAAACCUGUCUGAUUUUAAGAUUAAUUCUGGCUAAAAAAUUAAGUUCUGGUUUCUUAUACUAUUUAUACUAUUAAAUGAAAUUCUGUUUUUUAUUUCUGUACUUUUAUGAAUUUCUAGAUGAAUUCCUCUAGAAAUCUUAUCAAGUGUUUGAUUCAAAGAGAAACAUUGUCCACUUUACUGUACAAUUUCGGAAAAUUUUCAUAUGA